UCAUUAUAAUAAUAAAUGAAAUAUAGUUAUUUCCCUUAUCACACUCCACUAUGAUUAUUCUUGUUUUCUAUAAUUAUUCACUUCACUUUGAUGUCUGAAACCAUUUUUGAUAUAUUACUUGUUCGGUAAGAAAAGGAAAAAAAGAGGGACAUUUUUGAUGGGUUUUAUUGGUGAUGGUUCACAUGAAGGUAGUGGUAGUAACCAUGGAGGACAAGGUUCAUCAUGUUCAUGGAAGUUUUUAACUAGAAGGAAAAAGGUUGAGAAUAGCAACAAUUCUAAUCAUGGAGUGCAACUUGUUAAGGAGUUAACUAUUCCUCAUCUUAUGGCAAUUGGUGUCGGUGCAACAAUUGGUGCUGGUGUAUAUGUUCUAGUUGGAACAGUGGCAAGGGAACAUGCUGGACCAGCUUUACCACUUUCAUUCAUGGUUGCUGGUAUAGCAGCAGCUCUUUCAGCUCUUUGUUAUGCUGAGUUGGCUAGUCGUUUUCCUUCUGCUGGAAGUGCUUAUCAUUAUGCUUAUAUAUGUCUUGGUGAAGGGGUUGCUUGGUUGAUAGGUUGGUCCUUAAUAUUGGAAUAUGGUAUUGGUGGAGCUGCUGUUGCUCGUGGCAUAACCCCCAAUUUGGCUGCCCUUAUUGGAGGUGUGGAAAACUUGCCAGGAUUUUUAUCCAAUCAACAUAUUCCUGGGAUUGAUAUUGUUGUAGACCCACUUUCAGCAAUUAUGGUGUUCAUUGUCACCUGGAUCCUGUGUACUGGAAUCAAAGAGAGUACAAUGAUACAAAGUAUAGUGACAUCAGUGAAUAUCUGUGCUUUAAUGUUUAUCAUAGUAGCUGGUGGUUAUUUAGGAUUCAAAACUGGAUGGAUUGGAUAUAAACUCCCAACAGGGUAUUUUCCUUUUGGGGUAGAUGGAAUGGUUGCUGGUUCUGCAACAGCUUUUUUUGCAUACAUUGGUUUUGAUGCUGUUGCCAGCACUGCCGAAGAGGUGAAAAAUCCUCAGAGAGAUUUGCCACUAGGAAUUGCAGCUUCAUUGUCACUAUGUUGUGGAUUGUAUAUGAUAGUAUCCAUUGUUGUGGUUGGUUUAGUACCUUACUAUGAUAUCAAUCCUAACACCCCUAUAUCUUCUGCUUUUGCUGUCAAUGGAAUGCAAUGGGCUGCAUACAUUAUAAAUGCCGGGGCUAUCACAGCACUUUGUUCAUCAUUGCUUGGUGGAAUGUUGCCUCAGCCAAGAAUUUUGAUGGCUAUGGCAAGGGACGGAUUGCUGCCACCAUUUUUUUCUGAUAUAAAUAAGCACAGCCAUGUUCCUGUAAAGAGUACCAUAGUUACCGGCCUUGUUGCUGCCGCCUUGGCAUUUUUCAUGGAUGUCUCUCAACUUGCUGGCAUGGUUAGUGUUGGUACUCUUCUUGCAUUCACCAUUGCAGCAAUAUCUGUGUUGAUAGUAAGAUAUAUCCCACCAAUUGAAGUCCCAUUGCCCCAUUCUCAACAAGAACCAAUUGAUUCUGAGUCAAUGGAGUAUGGUUGGAGCCAUUUGGAGACAAAUGAAAAAGAAGCGAUCCAAAAACCCUUAAUUGAUAAAAAUCUUGCAAUAGAUAACUAUGUACAUAAUGUUAAUAGGAGAACAAUUGUGGGCUGUGUUGUAGCAGUCAUAUGUUUAGGUGUAUUUGUCCUUACAUUUGCAGCUUCUUCUACAUAUCUUCUGAGUUAUGUUAGAUUUACAUUAUGUGGAGUUGGUAGCAUUCUUCUUCUGUCUGGCUUAGUCUUCCUAACAUGUAUAGAUCAAGAUGAUGCAAGACACAACUUUGGAAACACUGGAGGUUUCACAUGUCCAUGGGUGCCUUUGCUUCCUAUAACUUGCAUUCUUAUCAAUUCAUAUUUACUCAUUAGUCUUGGGGGUGCAACUUGGGUGCGAGUAUCUGUAUGGCUAGUAUUAGGAGUUUUUGUUUAUGUAUUCUAUGGUAGAACCCACAGCUCUCUAAAAGAUACGGUUUAUUUGAAGCCUAUUCAAGUUGAUGAUACUACUAAUUACACCUCCACAAGCAUUAUUUAAAGCCUAUCUCAUUAGGGCAAAAAUAUUUAUGGUUUAUAGGUCAUGUUCAUAGCUUCUUCUUGUAUUUUUUAACUUAGAGAAGAAGAAAUUGAUCAUGUUAAUUAUGAAUAUUACAUGAAAGUACUGUUGAUUUUUCAAUCAACAAUUUGUUAAUAUAAAUAUCUAAUGUAUAAUUAAUAUCAAUAUUUCUUUUAAAGAAAUAUCAAUAGUUGGCCUGUUGUGGCUAUACUUGUCUGUCUUUCUUUUGUGUAAUUUUUGCACUUUGGCUGUAUAAGGGUUCAAGCCCUCACUUGAA